UUGUAGAAAGAAAAAGAAAAAUCCGCAUCCAAAUAGAACUGGGAGAAGCCGUGUGUACCUUCGUUACGAUUAAAAGUUUAAAACCCCCUCUUCCACCUCCAAGGUACGCAGCGAGCCGAGCGAGAGGAAGAGAGAGAGAGAGAGAGAGAGAGAUGGCGAGCGAAGAAGAGAGCGCGGUGAAGGAGCCGCUGGACCUCAUCAGGCUCAGCCUCGACGAGCGCAUCUACGUCAAGCUCCGCUCCGAUCGAGAGCUUCGUGGAAAACUUCACGCAUAUGAUCAGCACUUGAAUAUGAUACUUGGGGAUGUUGAAGAAAUAAUUACUACUGUAGAGAUUGAUGAUGAAACUUAUGAAGAGAUUGUCAGGACCACCAGGCGCACUGUGCCCUUUCUUUUCGUUAGAGGAGAUGGAGUCAUACUGGUUUCUCCACCUCUGAGGACAGCAUGAUCAAGCUGUAGAAUUAGGUCAAUGGUGAGAGGUCACUGGUGGACUUUGUGUCUCCAAUAUUGACUGCUGUGUUACUGUCCUUUUCCCUUUUGGAUGACAACCAACUGCAAGUUCUCGAAAUUGUAAUCAUCUAUAUGUUAGGUUGGAAACAGAUAUGAAUAUCUGUAUUAUCUGUGAUAAGCAUGUUUAAUUUUAAGCAUCCUUGUUACGACUGUUGAUUGGUUGAAUGAAUUAAAUUAUAUUAUCAGGUUGGGUUGUUA